AGUUUACAUUAAACUUGUUUCGAAAUAUUGCUAUAUGAAACAUACACCUAAAAAACAAUUUUUACCUGAAUGCAAAUCUUUUUUUCCGGUACCUUAUAAGCAGUAUAUAACAUUGUGAGCGAUAUUUCGAAAUUACAGUUUAAAGGAUGGGUUAUUAUAGAGUUUCUAAAAUUUUGAAAAAAUAGAAAAUAUAUGUUACAAUCAAGAAAAUAAACAUUGCAUAGUGAUAAUAUUUAAUAUUAUCUAGAAAAGUAUCUUAUACAAAGAAAUUCUAACCAUUCCCACAUUUUAGUAAUCAUAAAAAAAUACCGUAUGAAAGAAAGGACAAAUAAUUACUUUUAUCUUUUUAGUAAGGCUUUUACAUAUUCCAUUUUAAUAUGGAUAUGGCAACGUUUCGAGCAGUCACCUUCCUGCGGGGAACCAUGGAACAUAGAAGGCAAGCAAAAUGACUCUUCAGGGCUAAGGGCUAGUAGAUUGCUGAGGGGGGACGCCAUUAUGGAUUUUCAUCAGGGCUAUCCGCAAUACAGAGAUAGGUAUAUGCAAGGCCCAGUAGAUCACAGAGGAGGAGCAGGAGGAGGUGGUUUUGCACACCAGUUAUCUUCAUUAUUGAAAGAUAAACGUAUUCAAAAAAAAAUUAAUAAAAUGCUAAAAGGUAUAAAGCAGCACGGUCAAAUGAACGAUUUAAGAUUUAAUGGUAAUAUUGAUAAACUACAAAAGCUAUUAAAAGGUGAGAAGGGCUAUGAGGAAUUAUCGCGUAAACACUUUCCUAAUAAUAAUUAUGACAGUUUUCAAGAUCCCCGCAAUCCCAACUAUAGAGAUCCAAGAUAUCCCGACCCAAGGAAUCCCAACUAUAGAGAUCAAAGAUAUCCAGACCCAAGAAAUCCCAAUUAUAGAGAUCAGCAAUAUCCCGACCCAAGAAACCCCAAUUAUAGAGAUCAGCAAUAUCCAGACCCAAGAAACCCCAAUUAUAGAGAUCAGCAAUAUCCCGACCCAAGAAAUCCCAACUAUAGAGAUCAGCAACAUCCAGACCCAAGAAACCCCAAUUAUAGAGAUCAGCAAUAUCCCGACCCAAGAAACCCCAAUUAUAGAGGUCAGCAACAUCCAGACCCAAGAAACCCCAAUUAUAGAGAUCAGCAAUAUCCCGACCCAAGUAAUCCCAACUAUAGAGAUCAGCAAUACCCCGACCCAAGAAAUCCCAACUAUAGAGAUCAGCAAUAUCCCGACCCAAGAAACCCCAACUAUAGAGAUCAGCAAUAUCCCGACCCAAGAAACCCCAAUUAUAGAGGUCAGCAAUAUCCCGACCCAAGAAACCCCAACUAUAGAGAUCAGCAACAUCCCGACCCAAGAAAUCCCAACUAUAGAGAUCAGCAACAUCCAGACCCAAGAAAUCAAAAUUAUAGAGAUGAGCGACACCCUGAUCCACGAAACCCCAACUAUAGAGAUGAACAACAUCCAGACCCAAGAAAUCAAAAUUAUAGAGAUGAGAGACAUCCAGACCCAAGAAAUCAAAAUUAUAGAGAUGAGAGACACCCAGACCAGGGAAACCAAAAUUAUGGGGAAGAUCGACGUCCCGACCGACGAAACAGAAAAAAUAGGGAAGACCGACACCCUGAUCCACGAAAUGCCAGUCAUGACGAUGAAGAACACUCUGAUCCACGAAAACCCAAUUAUAGAGAUGAGAGACACCCAGACCAGGGAAACCAAAAUUAUGGGGAAGAUCGACGUCCCGACCGACGAAACAGAAAAAAUAGGGAAGACCGACACCCUGAUCCACGAAAUGCCAGUCAUGACGAUGAAGAACACUCUGAUCCACGAAAACCCAAUUAUAGAGAUGAGCGACACCCAGACCAGGGAGACCAAAAUUAUGGGGAAGAUCGACGUCCCGACCGACGAAAUAGGAAAAAUAGGGAAGACCGACACCCUGAUUCAAGAAAUGCCAGUCAUAACGAUGAAGAAUAUCCCGGUCCAAGAAACCGAAGGCGUAAGGAAGAGCGACAUCCCGAUCGACGAAACAGAAAAUAUAGGGAAGACCGACAUCCCGACCGAAGAAAUCCUAAUUACAAUUCCAUGGAUCGAGGUAAUGAAGGAAAGUAUCCUUAUGAUCAUGAAAAAUCAUCAGCUUCAAUGAAAAGUGAAUAUGAUUCGGAAAAACAAUAUCCCCCACAAAAUUACGAUGAUCGUUUUAAUGGACCGUAUAAUUCAUUCGAUACAGAUGAAAAUUAUAAAGGACAAUAUAAUAGACCAAAAAAGGGGGGUUAUCCCGAUCAACAGUUUAAUGCACCAAAACACUAUGGACCAUAUGGCCCUAAUGUAAAGGAUUCGAAACAUCAGAAGAAGGGUCAUAAAUCACAACACGCUCCAAACGUUUUUGGCCAUCCUCAACAGCAUCUUGAUAUGAGGAAAGGACCAGGGAAUUUUCAGCAGGAAGCAUUUCGUGGAAUGACACCAGAUAAUAGGCAAAAAUCAGGUGAAGCAUUAAUGAGAGAAGAAUAUGAGAAAGCCAAAGAAUCUAAAAAAGAGCUUGCAAAAGAACGCACGGCGCUUGGAAAUUUAUUAAAAUAUAUAGAUACAUCAUUUGAAUACGAAAUGAUGCGUUCAAUGAAAGCAAAAAAUAAAGAAACCAGCCCUGUAAAAGAAAAAGGUAUGCGAAGUACAUUAUUUUUUUAUAUGAAGAAAUACAAACUGCUUUUCCCACUUUUGUUUAACUUAAUAGCUGUGGCCAUACUUGCAAUGAUGGGCUUUGAAGUAGGUGCUAUUGUACUUUGCAUCGUAGGUAUUAUGAUGGUAGUUUAUUACGAGGUUAAAUUAAAUAAAAUUAAAAGAAUGCAUAGAGCUUUCAAAAAAUUUAAUGCUCGUUAUCACGUAUUACCAUAAAAUUCUACCUAAAAGAUGAUGCCAAUAAAUCGACAAAUUAAAUAUAGUUUGAAUAUACAUUAAAUUUUGUGUUCAUGUACAAAAAAGUGGAUAUGUAUAUAUAUUUAUAUGUACAUGAAUAUGUAUAUGCACAUUUCUCAUGUAUUAAUAUAGUAUUUGCUUCAUUUAUCUUUUCUAUUUUUAUCGUGAAAGAGCCUUUGAUCAUAAUUUUAUUUUCCUCCCAA